AUGGAGGGGGAGCCCACCCCGGACUUUUCUGUCCUGCAGGAGCUGCUGGCCCCGCCCUUCCUGGAGCCGGAGCCAGAGCUCGAGGGGGCGCACCCUCUGCCUCACUCUUCUCCCUGCGCCGGCUCCUUAAUUCUGCCCCAAGAGAAUAAGGGCCCUGGAGAUAGCAGGUCUCCUUGGCUGGCCCUCCCAGCUGCAGCGACCGGCCUGCGCUUCCUCCAAGAGACAGCAGAGCGGCUCCGGCAGGCUCCUGUCCCAGAAGCCUCACGAGCUGAGCCCUGGCUGGAGCCAUCACUGGCCCCCAGGGCCUUGGCCCCCCUGACGGGCCCUGGGGAUCCUGGAGCCUGGGAUGCUGUAGACUCACUGGCCCUCAUCAGCCUUCAGUGUCACAGACUGAGCCCCCCGAGGUCCAGGAAGCAGGUGGGGCUGGGAGGGGGACUGGGUAGGGGACCUGGCCUCCAGUCCCGGGCAGGCAGGACCCUCCGCAAACAGCCCCACCCCCAACGGGGAGCCGAGGGGCUGGAGCCAGGAUUCCAGGGUGUUGUGCUGAGGAUGCACCUGAAGCCUGAUCAGGAAGGGCACCAGCUGCUAAUCACUGCCCAGUUCAGUUCAGCCUGUGGUUCCCGGAGCUGGGGGGCCUUACCUAGUCCCAUGGAGGCCUUGCCCAGUCCUAUGGGGGCAUCCACAUCAAACCAUCAGGAUUCUCCAGGGAGUCGAUGUUGUGCUUCCUGCCGAACCCAGAGAACCCCACUGUGGCGGGAUGCAGAGGAUGGGACCCCACUGUGUAAUGCGUGUGGCAUCAGGUACAAAAAGUAUGGAAUCCGCUGCCCUGCCUGUUGGACUGUACCUAGGAAGAGCAUCUGCCCCCUUGGGCAUUGUACCCGUUGUGGGGCCUGGCUCUGUACCCCACAAGGCCCUAGCAGGAAAGGUGAGGAACUGCCCCUUCUCCUUCCUUGACCCUAGUGCAAGCCCACCUGACUUUACUCAUCCUGUCCCUCUCCCUAUAUGCCUAUCCUUAGUCCCAUGGACCCCCACCUACAUUCUGAGGAAC